UACGGUGAGGAACUUAGUAAUAUAUACACAAAGUAGGAGUGAGUAAUUAGAGAGAGAGUAUGAAUUAAAAUCAGAGAAUUCAUGCAUCUAACAUGAGUGCAUUUUUUUUUGUUUGGUCACAUUGACUGCGCAGCUAAUGUUCAUCCAAUCGUUCCUUCUUCUUUACCGUCUCUAAUGUUUCUGACACUAAAAGUCUCUUUAGAUUUGAAACUGGAGAUCAUAUUGGUCUCUGUCUUUUUUUGUAACUUAUUUUUUUGUCUUUUUUUGUGUUCUUCAACACAGAGACCAUUAUCAGAUCACCAGAUUCCCAUUUUCCCGGGAAAAUAAAAACAGACUAUUUCCUUGUCGCAUCUAUUGAAUGUUUUUUUUUUGUUUGGAGCAUUUGAUUUGCUGUUCUUAUUCCAUCAAACAUUAUAAUUAUUAUUCUACAACUUUGGCACCUUCUCUCUGUUUUUUUUCUUACAUUGCCUAUAAAAAAAAACAGAGGAAUCGAAAAAUUCAUAAGAUCUCACUCAAAGCUCCAUUUUCUUGGCUUACAUGAUUAAAAAAUCUGAUCUUUCUAAUAGAUACCCUUCUUGAUCUUGAAAGAUUCACACAACUUUUGCAGCUCUAACUCACUCAAUUUCCAAGGUAACCAGAGAGUCGCAGAUAACAAGGUCGGAGAAAAUAUAACCAGUCACUGUCUUGUCUGCUUUUCUCUUCGGUCCUGCCAAUAUCGGGCUCUGCAACUUGUUAAAAAGAUUCAAACCUUUGUCUCUCCUCUAGAUCUUCCCAAUGGCAGGAAGUGGAACAAAGAGACCAAGAAGAAGAAGAAGAAGAAUACAUCUAAGCAAGCUCUACACACUAACAUGCACCCAAUCAUGCUUCAAACAAGACCAUUCUCAAAUCGGAGGACCUGGUUACUCUCGUGUCGUCUUCUGCAACGAGCCCGAUUCGCCUGAUGCUGAUUCUAGUAACUACAGUGACAACUACGUGAGAACCACUAAGUACACUCUCACUACUUUCUUACCAAAGUCACUCUUCGAACAGUUCAGGAGAGUCGCCAACUUCUACUUCCUGGUCACUGGGAUCUUGUCUUUCACUCCUCUUGCUCCUUAUACCGCUUCAAGCGCCAUUGUUCCUCUCCUUUUCGUCAUCGGUGCUACUAUGGUUAAAGAAGCUGUUGAAGAUUGGCGCCGCAAGAAACAGGAUAUUGAGGUGAAUAAUAGGAGAGUGAAAGUGCAUAGAGGAGAUGGGAACUUUGAUUCUAAGGAGUGGAAGACUUUGAGUGUUGGAGAUAUAGUUAAAGUAGAGAAGAAUGAGUUCUUCCCUGCAGAUCUUGUUCUUCUCUCCUCUAGCUAUGAGGACGCUAUUUGUUAUGUAGAGACCAUGAACCUUGACGGUGAAACCAAUCUGAAAGUCAAACAAGGACUAGAAGUAACUUCAUCCUUGAGGGAAGACUCUAACUUCAAGGGCUUUGAAGCAUUUGUCAAAUGUGAGGAUCCAAACGCUAACUUGUACUCCUUUGUUGGAACCAUGGAGCUUCAAGGAGCCAAGUACCCUCUCUCACCUCAACAGCUUCUUCUCAGAGACUCAAAACUCAGGAACACUGAUUUCAUCUUCGGCGCGGUUAUCUUCACUGGUCAUGACACAAAGGUUAUUCAGAACUCAACAGAUCCUCCUUCUAAGAGAAGCAUGAUUGAGAAAAAGAUGGAUAAGAUCAUCUACCUCAUGUUCUUCAUGGUGGUUCUGAUGUCAUUCAUUGGUUCUGUCAUCUUUGGAGUUACAACAAGAGAUGAUUUAAUGAGAAGAUGGUACUUGAGACCAGACAGCUCAUCUAUCUUCUUUGAUCCCAAAAGAGCUUAUGUUGCUGCCAUCUACCACUUCUUAACAGCUGCUAUGCUGUACAGUUACUUCAUUCCAAUAUCUUUAUAUGUCUCAAUAGAGAUUGUUAAAGUCCUUCAGAGCAUCUUCAUCAACCAGGACAUCCACAUGUACUACGAGGAAGCUGACAAGCCGGCUCUUGCAAGGACCUCUAACCUGAAUGAAGAGCUUGGUCAAGUGGAUACAAUUCUCUCAGACAAGACAGGGACAUUGACUUGUAACUCAAUGGAGUUCAUCAAGUGUUCUGUUGCAGGGACAGCUUAUGGACGUGGUGUCACUGAGGUUGAGAUGGCUAUGGGAAGAAGGAAAGGUUCUCCUCUGGUGCUUCAGAGCAAUGAGGAUGAUGUGGAGUACAGUAAGGAACCAUUUGUUGAAGAAUCUACAGUGAGAGGAUUCAAUUUUAGAGAUGGAAGGAUAAUGAAUGGGAACUGGGUCACUGAACCUCAUGCUGAUGUUAUUCAGAAGUUUUUCAGAUUACUCGCGGUGUGCCAUACAGUGAUACCUGAAGUAGAUGAAGACACAGAGAAGAUCUCUUAUGAAGCCGAGUCUCCUGAUGAAGCAGCAUUUGUUAUUGCAGCAAGGGAGCUUGGGUUUGAGUUCUAUAACAGAACUCAGACUACUAUAUCUGUAAGAGAGCUUGAUCUUGUGACUGGUAAAAGAGUUGAGAGGUUGUACAAAGUCUUGAACGUUCUUGAGUUCAACAGCACCAGGAAAAGGAUGUCAGUGAUAGUGGAGGAUGAAGAUGGAAAGCUCUUACUACUUUGUAAAGGAGCAGAUAAUGUUAUGUUUGAGAGACUUUCAAAGAAUGGUAGAGAGUUUGAAGAGGAAACAAGGGACCAUGUGAACGAGUAUGCUGAUGCAGGGCUGAGGACUUUGAUACUAGCAUACCGCGAACUCGAAGAGAAAGAUUACAAAGUUUUCAAUGAGAGAAUCAGUGAGGCCAAGAGUUCAGUUAGUGAUAGAGAAUCACUGAUAGAGGAAGUCACAGAGAAGAUUGAGAAAGAUCUGAUUCUUCUUGGAGCUACUGCUGUUGAAGAUAAACUCCAAAAUGGAGUGCCUGACUGCAUUGACAAGCUAGCUCAAGCAGGAAUCAAGAUUUGGGUUUUGACUGGUGAUAAAAUGGAGACUGCUAUCAAUAUUGGAUUUGCUUGUAGUUUGCUCAGACAAGACAUGAAGCAGAUCAUAAUCAACUUGGAGACUCCUGAGAUCCAUUCACUAGAGAAAACUGGAGAAAAAGAUGCUAUUGCAAAGGCAUCAAAAGAAAGUGUCUUAUUGCAAAUAAUCAAUGGAAAGGCUCAGCUAAAGUACUCUGGUGGAGACUCUAAUGCUUUUGCUUUGAUCAUUGAUGGUAAAUCACUGGCUUACGCGUUGGAUGAUGAUGUCAAACACAUCUUCUUAGAGCUAGCUGUUGGUUGUGCUUCUGUCAUUUGUUGCCGCUCAUCACCAAAACAGAAAGCUCUGGUGACAAGACUAGUGAAAUCCGGAAAUGGUAAAACAACAUUAGCCAUUGGCGACGGCGCAAACGAUGUUGGGAUGCUUCAAGAAGCAGAUAUAGGCGUUGGAAUCAGCGGCGUGGAAGGCAUGCAGGCUGUGAUGUCAAGCGACAUCGCGAUUGCUCAGUUUAGAUAUCUGGAGCGUUUGUUACUAGUCCAUGGACACUGGUGUUACAGGCGCAUCUCAACAAUGGUGUGCUACUUCUUCUACAAGAACAUCACAUUCGGUUUCACUCUCUUCUUAUAUGAAGCGUACACAACAUUCUCAGCUACACCUGCUUACAACGACUGGUUCCUAUCUCUUUACAAUGUUUUCUUCUCUUCUCUUCCUGUUAUUGCUCUUGGUGUCUUCGACCAAGAUGUAUCUGCACGGUAUUGUCUCAAGUUUCCACUAUUAUACCAAGAAGGUGUGCAGAACGUGCUCUUCAGUUGGCGAAGGAUACUUGGAUGGAUGUUCAACGGAUUCUACAGCGCAGUAAUCAUCUUCUUCCUUUGCAAAAGCUCUCUUGAGCCACAAGCCUUCAACCACCAAGGCAAGACACCAGGGAGAGAGAUCUUAGGUGGGACAAUGUACACAUGUAUAGUCUGGGUUGUGAACUUGCAGAUGGCAUUAGCCAUCAGUUACUUCACUCUGAUCCAGCACAUUGUCAUAUGGGGGUCCAUCAUCGUUUGGUACCUCUUCAUCACGUUCUACGGAGAGCUUCCAGCAAUGAUAUCAACAGGUGCGUAUAGAGUCUUUGUUGAAGCUCUGGCGCCUUCACUUUCUUACUGGGUCGUCACUCUCUUUGUGGUUGUGUCGACUUUGUUGCCGUACUUCGUCUACUCGGCGGUUCAGAUGAGGUUUUUCCCAAUGUACCAUGGGAUGAUCCAGUGGUUGAGGUACGAGGGUCAGUGUAAUGACCCUGAGUACUGUGAUAUGGUGAGGCAGAGAUCCAUAAGGCCAACAACUGUUGGUUUCACCGCGAGGUUAGAAGCUAAAAGGAGAUCAGUGAGGAGAUCUGAGUCUAUAUGACAGGCAAACAACCUCUCAACUGGAGGAGGAAGCUGUUUUAACCAGUUUCUUGUACAUUUUUCUGACAAAGAAACAUCUGAAGAUUACACAUGAGAAGAGAGAUGCAUCUCUAAGUCUUUUCUCUUCUCAAGAUUCCUUUUAAUCUAUACUGUAAUUCUUAGAGCAUAGGGUAAGUUAUGUAUACCUCUUUGGUUCAGUCCUGUUAACGCUUUGUUAAUUGGAUUCUUGAAUGCAAUAAGUCACAUCUUGUGUGAUGAGCAAGACAAGGAAUGAUCAUUGUAUUGUGAGUUUCUGGAAUCCAAAUCGUUUGUAGAGUC